CUACCACCUGCAUCUGCUCCCACCCCACGAACCAUCCCACGCCAUGUCUAAAAAAAAGUCAACGCCCAAUCUAGAUCCCCAAUCCCGUCUCCGCUCCCACCUCCUCUCCUCCUCUCCCAAGUCCCAACCCGCCAUGGAGGGGGAGCCGCCCGCGCAAGGCCCGCCCCCCAGCGCUGCCGCCGCCUACGGCUCUGGCGGCGGCGGGGAGAAGGGUGCCCCGUGCCAGGAGUGCGGGGAGCAGCCGUGGAAGUACCAGUGCCCGGGCUGCUCCCGCCUCACCUGCAGCCUCCCCUGCGUGCAGGCCCACAAGCGCCGCACCGCCUGCUUCGGCAAGCGCCCCCGCACCGUCCCCGUCCCGCUCGCCCAGUUGGACAGCAACCAGCUCCUCUCCGGUGACAAAUUCGUCCCUCGACCUCCGGUCCAGUCCCUCGCUCGCCGUGGCCUCCAUCCAUGCUGAGGAAGCCAUGGCGCCGGUGCAGAUCGACAUUGGCGAAUCUGAAGAUGACGGAGCUGGAGAUCCUGGGCAUUAACUUCGUCUGCGUCCUCUCGGCGCUGUCGGACGCCAAGAUCCCGGAGAAAGAAUGCCUGCUCCCGCUCGUCUCCAAGCUCCUCGGCUACUGCAUUGUGGCCGCCUCCACCACCGUCAAGCUCCCGCAGGCGCAUGACGACUAUGGCAAUUGGCGCCAAAUCCCGGCUUUCACUGGAACAUGUUUGAAGAAAUGCCUGUCACCUAGUACUUCAAGCCGGUGGCCACCUUCUUCUUCACCCAGAAGAAGGAUAAUGAGAUGUUGAAGCGGCAUAGUGAAUCCAUGAGACUGCAGUGCAAUUGCACCAUUCCAUUGAAUAUUACUUAGGAAUAAGGACAUUCCAAUGGCAGAUUAGCUCUAUUUUUCCUUUUCAUUUUUCUUACUAUUGGAGUAAGGACAUGUAGAAUGAGAAACUGUGUGGUAGCAUAUGUUGGGGAACGUAGUAAUUUCAAAAAAUUUCCUACGCA